CUGGUGGGGCCGGGGCGGGCCUCCCGCGCCCCGCCCCCGGCUCUGAGUCCUGUGACAGCCCCCGGGCCGCCUGCACUUGCAGCCUCCUUCCCCCCCGAGCGGAGCUGCGGGGCCGGCCGGGCCGGGGCGGACCCCGGGAACCCGGACGCGGCCGCCCGGGCCCGCGGGCGGGGGGAUCGGAGGGGGGGACCGGCGGGGUGACCGGCGGCAGGAGCCGCCACCAUGGAGUUCCGCCAGGAGGAGUUUCGGAAGCUAGCGGGUCGUGCUCUCGGGAAGCUGCACCGCCUUCUGGAGAAGCGGCAGGAAGGCGCGGAGACGCUGGAGCUGAGUGCGGAUGGGCGCCCGGUGACCACGCAGACCCGGGACCCGCCGGUGGUGGACUGCACCUGCUUCGGCCUCCCUCGCCGCUACAUUAUCGCCAUCAUGAGUGGUCUGGGCUUCUGCAUCAGCUUUGGCAUCCGCUGCAACCUGGGCGUGGCCAUCGUCUCCAUGGUCAAUAACAGCACGACCCACCGCGGGGGCCACGUGGUGGUGCAGAAAGCCCAGUUCAGCUGGGAUCCAGAGACUGUCGGCCUCAUACACGGCUCCUUUUUCUGGGGCUACAUUGUCACUCAGAUUCCGGGAGGAUUUAUCUGCCAAAAAUUUGCAGCCAACAGGGUUUUCGGCUUUGCUAUUGUGGCAACAUCCACUCUAAACAUGCUGAUCCCCUCAGCUGCCCGCGUCCACUAUGGCUGUGUCAUCUUCGUGAGGAUCCUGCAGGGGUUGGUAGAGGGGGUCACAUACCCCGCCUGCCAUGGGAUCUGGAGCAAAUGGGCCCCACCCUUAGAACGGAGUCGCCUGGCGACCACAGCCUUUUGUGGUUCCUAUGCUGGGGCGGUGGUCGCGAUGCCCCUCGCCGGAGUCCUUGUGCAGUACUCAGGAUGGAGCUCUGUUUUCUACGUCUACGGCAGCUUCGGGAUCUUCUGGUACCUGUUCUGGCUGCUCGUCUCCUACGAGUCCCCCGCGCUGCACCCCAGCAUCUCGGAGGAGGAGCGCAAGUACAUCGAGGACGCCAUCGGAGAGAGCGCGAAACUCAUGAACCCCCUCACGAAGUUUAGCACUCCCUGGCGGCGCUUCUUCACGUCUAUGCCAGUCUACGCCAUCAUCGUGGCCAACUUCUGCCGCAGCUGGACGUUCUACCUGCUGCUCAUCUCCCAGCCCGCCUACUUCGAAGAAGUGUUCGGCUUCGAGAUCAGCAAGGUAGGCCUGGUGUCCGCGCUGCCCCACCUGGUCAUGACCAUCAUCGUGCCCAUCGGCGGCCAGAUCGCGGACUUCCUGCGGAGCCGCCGCAUCAUGUCCACCACCAACGUGCGCAAGUUGAUGAACUGCGGAGGCUUCGGCAUGGAAGCCACGCUGCUGUUGGUGGUCGGCUACUCGCACUCCAAGGGCGUGGCCAUCUCCUUCCUGGUCCUAGCCGUGGGCUUCAGCGGCUUCGCCAUCUCUGGGUUCAACGUGAACCACCUGGACAUAGCCCCGCGCUACGCCAGCAUCCUCAUGGGCAUCUCCAAUGGCGUGGGCACACUGUCGGGGAUGGUGUGCCCCAUCAUCGUGGGGGCCAUGACUAAGCACAAGACUCGGGAGGAGUGGCAAUACGUGUUCCUAAUUGCCUCCCUGGUGCACUAUGGAGGUGUCAUCUUCUAUGGGGUCUUUGCUUCUGGAGAGAAGCAGCCGUGGGCAGAGCCUGAGGAGAUGAGCGAGGAGAAGUGUGGCUUCGUUGGCCAUGACCAGCUGGCUGGCAGUGACGACAGUGAAAUGGAGGACGAGGCUGAGCCCCCGGGGGCACCCCCUGCACCACCGCCCUCCUAUGGGGCCACACACAGCACAUUUCAGCCCCCCAGGCCCCCACCCCCUGUCCGGGACUACUGACCAUGUGCCUCCCACUGAAUGGCAGUUUCCAGGACCUCCACUCCACUCAUCUCUGGCCUGAGUGACAGUGUCAAGGAACCCCGCUCCUCUCUGUCCUGCCUCAGGCCUAAGAAGCACUCUCCCUUGUUCCCAGUGCUGUCAAAUCCUCUUUCCUUCCCAGUUGCCUCUCAGGGGUAGUGAAGCUGCAGACUGACAGUUUCAAGGAUACCCAAAUUCCCCUAAAGGUUCCCUCUCCACCCGUUCUGCCUCAGUGGUUUCAAAUCUCUCCUUUCAGGGCUUUAUUUGAAUGGACAGUUCAACCUCUUACUCUCUCUUGUGGUUUUGAGGCACCCCCACCCCCCGCUUUCCUUUAUCUCCAGGGACUCUCAGGCUAACCCUUGAGAUCACUCAGCUCCCCUCUCCUUUCAGAAAAAUUCAAGGUCCUCCUCUAGAAGUUUCAAAUCUCUCCCAACUCUGUUCUGCAUCUUCCAGAUUGGUUUAGCCAAUUACUCGUCCCCGCCAUUCCAGGGAUUGAUUCUCACCAGCGUUUCUGAGGGAAAAUGGCGGUUUCAAGUCCCCCCUUCCUCGCCCACUUCACAUCUCCCCUACCAGCAGAUUCUGCGAAAGCACCAAAUUUCCCAAGCCCCUCUUCUCCCUCGCUUAGCAUAAUGUCUGGGGAAACAACCAAAAUCGCAAUUUUAACAAUAUGCCUCUCCACCCCCGUGCACUUUUUCUGACCUGGUUUUCAGGUCUAAAUAGUGGCUGCUCCAGUCCAUGAACUCAAAGGUUUGAAGCCACCACCAUUGAACUCCCCCAUGGUGGCUUCAUGAUGCCCCCUCCCCAAUUCCUCGCACUUUAUUCUCCUGGGUGGUUUCGAACUACCCUCAGUUUCUCAGUGGCCAUUUGUUGUGUCCCUCAGGGGCUUAAUGACUCAAAAUCUGGGAUCCUUCCCCUCUCAGACACCCCUCUUUCAGCUUAGAAUUUGGGGAACCUAUAGAGAAGUCACAGAAUCCCAUGAAAGGGAAUGGGGCAGGAGACAGGGGUGUUUUUUCCCAGUGCAGGGUUGUGUCUUUGUGUCUCUGUCUCUGUGACUGUAAAUCCUGCCCUGCCCCACUCCCAAUAAAAGCUUUGGUGUACAGGC